UAGUGGUGUUCAACCUUCACAACAAUCAUGGCGGCGCCCAUGAAAACGUUUUUUGAAUUUUAGUAUUUUUAAUUAUCUUUACAUUUCUAAGUUAUAUCAUAAUAAACAAGACAUGGAUUCUGAUGAGGAGAGUGAAACACAGUUUAUUGCAAAGCGGCAGAAGGUGUUACAGUAUGGCAGCCUCGAACAGAAGGAGAAGCAGCGAUUGGCUGGGGGCUCGGAGGGCUCGCUGGCGAGUGAAGCCAUUAAAGCCGGUAUAGCUUCUGGAAACAUCAAUAUUUCUGCAGGUGCCACAAUGGACUUGGAGAAGGAAUAUGAACAAAGUCAGGCAGAACUUCUUGCAGAGUUUGAAAAAAGGAAGAAGGCCAAGAAAAUCCAGGUUUCCACAGAUGAUUCUGAAGUGAAAGCUCAUCUUCGACAGCUUGGAGAACCUAUUUGUUUGUUUGGUGAGGGUCCAGCAGAUAGGAGGGAGAGGUUGAGGCAGGUUAUAGCAGCUAGAGGGGAGGAUACCCUAAGGAAGCAGAAAGUUGAGGAGGCCAUCAGUAGGAAGAAGAAAGAAGAGGAAAAUAUAACAUGGUAUCAUGAGGGCCCGGAAUCACUGAAAGAGGCAAGAUUGUGGAUAGCAGAAUAUUCUAUUCCAAG